UAAAUAUGUAGUAACAUUUCCUCCAUUUAAUGUCUCCUGAAAUAUGUUAUUGCUACGGUGAAGUAACGCGUUACUCCUUGUUAUGUGGUUUCAUUUCUGGUCUUGGAGUGCCAUCUAGUGGCGACUUGUGGGCUCAUUCUUCAUUUUAUAUUCCGCCUUUGGAACAUCAGUGCAGCUUAUUUACAUGACAGUGUAGCACUGUAAUUUCAUUAUAAUAUGGCUGUUUUAUAUUGACGUAGUUAAAUAUGUUAAUUUGUAUUUAUGUUUCUUUAAAUGCUUUUUAUCCUUUAGAAUCCACACCAUAAUCUCUGUAAUGCCACCGCCAAUAGCUGCUAUCAGGAUAUGUUGGAGGGUCUUCCUGCAGGACGUGGAGCAGGUGCUGUACCACAUGGUGAUGCUGCUGGUCAGGACGCCCUCCAUGGUGCCUCUGUACAAGGUGAAACUGAGAUAUUUUGCUCCUCUGAGCCGGUAGUAUCAUUCUGCGGCUCCAGCAUCGUUCUACAGUGUCACCUCGAGCCCCAGCAGGAUGCAACAGACAACACAGUGAAAUGGACUCAGCAGAGUGAUGUUGUACACAUCCGUAAAGGUGGAAAAGACGUUCCUGGAGAACAAAUGGAGAGGUUUGAAGGACGCACGUCUCUGUUCUCUGAAGUUCUCCAUAAAGGAAAUCUGUCACUCCAACUUUCCUCUUUAAAACUCUCCGACUCUGGAAGAUACAAGUGCUCCUUUCAGGUCGGCUCAGUGGAGAAGAGUUGUUACGUUGGUCUGACUGUCGGAGAGUCUGAAGAGAUCGUCUCACCUGAGCCAGUUACAGCAGAGUCGGGUCAGGAUGUGGUUCUACCAUGCCACCUGGAUCCUCCGUUUGAUGUAACAUCUCUGACUGUGGAGUGGAGACGGAACAACUAUAAGGUGCACGUAUAUCAAAAUCUUGGAGAUGAUAAUGAGGAUCAAGACCAGAGGUUUAAAGACAGAACUUCUCUCUUCCAUGAUGAAAUGAUUCAUGGAAACAUUUCCCUCAAACUGACUAAAGUAACUGAAGAAGAUGCAGGAAUUUACACCUGUUCUGUUCCUAAACUCAACUGUCAGGUGAAAAAAGGAAACAUCGCUCUGAAAGUUGUGUUGAAGGAUGAAGAUCUAAACAAGAAAGGUAGAUUUAUGUUUGAUCUUCUGUAAAUCUCAUAUUUGAGUUUUUCAUAGUUUAAUGUUGUCAGUGUAACUCAAGCAAGAUGAUUAUAAAUGAAAACUUUUAUAAACCAUCAUGGCUUUUUAAUUCGGUCCAGGUCAACAAAAUAUUGUGUUGAGCAACUUUUACCUGCCAUGGUUUUAUUUCUGGUUGUCUCUUUGUUUAAGUUCUGACUUUGUUUUAUGUUUUGGGGGAUUGAAUGUUUUGUCUUUAAUUCAGUUUUCCUUGUAAAGUGUUUGGUUUUGUUUCUUCUUUCCAUAAAUCGAUUCUUUAUCUUU